AUGUUGAUUCUGUAUCUUGCUCUAAUCGUGACAACAUGUGUAUUCGUUGUGAACUGUGAGCCGAGAUACAAAGAUGAAGAGAGAUUGCAACUUGACAUCUUAUCUACCUACAACAAACAUAUAAGACCUGACAUUAAUGUAACUGCAUCAGUAGAUGUAUAUGCAAGCUUAUAUCUUGAUAUACUCUAUGAUUUGGAUUUUGUAAACAACAUCCUUACGGCUCGGUACUGGAUUCAACUGAAAUGGACGCAUGAAAUGCUGAGAUGGAAUCCAUUAAACUAUAAAAAUAUUUCGCGUACCUACCUACGUAAAGAUAUGAUAUGGAUUCCAUCUAUUACAAUGUGCAACACAAUGAAACAAUCAGAAGAUAAAGACAAUCCUUCCGAAGUAUCUGUGUAUUUUAAUGGAUCUAUAGAAAUUAGUUUAAUUAAAUUAUUGCACACCUACUGUGAAAUAAAUGCUUACACAUUCCCUUUCGAUGAACAUACAUGCAAUGUAUCCAUGUGUGUCUCAUUGCAAGAACUUCACCAUGCGAAAAGGACGAAACUUACUUAUAAAUCGAGACAAGCGAAACACUCUAAAUGGGAUAUCAAAUUUUCUGGUGGGACAAAUGGUACAAACUAUUAUCACUACAGUUACGUAGAUGCUACUAUGUACCUACGGCGUAAAUGCAAUGUAGGUGUCAUAGCUAUGCUGAUUCCGACAAUAAUGCUGACUAUUUUAACUGCCUUUAUUUUUCUUCUACCUCCUGAAUCGGGUGAAAAAGUUACUCUAGCAACGACAAUAUUUUUAUCAAAUAUCUUGUACCUUGCACAAAUUGAGAAAAACCCACUGAUAAAUUCAAAAAAGCCCUCGCUUCUUGUUUUAUAUAUAAUGGUAUUAUCAUUGUUAUGUGGUAUCGCUUCAAUUGGUUCGGUGAUUAUAAGCAAGUUGUAUGUAAACCAGUCAUCUGAUAACAACAAAGUGAAGGCGUCGCAUCAAAGUAACAUCACCUCACGCGUUAAUCAAAUUGCAGAUAUUUCAAUUAUACCUAAGGAAGAAUCCAAUCCUGUACUCAAAAAGGACAUGUCAGGAAAAGGAUUCAGAAAAUGCAUUUUCCAUUAUAGCCGACUUGAUGACAUAUUUCUAAAAUUUACCAUUGCAAACUUAACUGUAUUUUCAAUAGUAUUCAUUUAUUUAUUGUAUAUGGCAGAGAAAGUUUCUUCCUUUUAA